CUUGACAGGUGUUCAGCCGUGUGAGGUCAGCUCAGCGCGGCGGCUUCACUUCAGAGGAUAAAGUGGAGAGUUUUCUGUCCGCGUGAAGCUUCAGACUGAGCGCGAGACCUCCAGGACUACCAGCAGCUUCAGAGAGUCCUCAUUGGCUGAGAGCCGUCUGGAGGCGGAGUCAGAGUGACAGGGCCGUGCUGUGGGCGGGACUUCCUCUGAGCAGAGGACAAGAUGCUGCUGACUUCCUGCUCCGCCCCCUGCAGCUACACCUGGCUCUGGUGCCUCCUGAUGAUCCUGACGGCUCCUCCAGCAGCUCUCGGGGGCGACCAGACGGAGCCGUGCGCCGGUCGGGACUGCUCCACCUGUCAGUGUUUCCCAGCCAAAGGAGUGAGGGGUGCUCCAGGUCCUCUGGGGCGGCAGGGUCCUCAGGGGCCCCUGGGCUUUCCGGGCCCUCAGGGGCCUCCAGGACAGAAGGGCCAGAGAGGAGACGAGGGGCCGACAGGAGCCAGAGGACUGAAAGGAGACCCGGGAAGUUUCGGUGUUCCUGGGUUUCCAGGUUUAGAAGGAGUCCCGGGUCACCCGGGUCCUGCUGGAGGUCCUGGUUUUCCAGGUCUGGACGGAUGUAACGGCACCAGAGGAGAAAGAGGAGAUCCUGGACUUCCUGGAGGACAAGGACCUGAUGGAGAACCGGGUUUUGCAGGACCACAGGGAUUCCCAGGAGAUCCAGCGGUCUACUUCAUACAGUACCCUGGAGUAUCUGGAGACGUCGGGACCAGUGGACUUCCUGGUCGGCAGGGUGAACGGGGUCCAGCUGGUCAGAUGGGAGUUCUGGGUCCUGCAGGACCCGACGGGACCAACGGUCUCCCUGGUCUGCCCGGCUCCAGGGGUCCACCUGGAGAAAAAGGUCGCUCUCUGCCGGGACAGAAAGGAGACGAGGGGGAUCAGGGCCUCCAGGGGCCUCCGGGGCCGUUUGAGUACGUCGACCCUCCAGAAGACCUGUACAUUAAAGGAGAACCGGGUCCUCCGGGGCCUAAAGGAGUCUGUGGAGUUCAAGGACUGCCGGGUUUGGACGCUCUCACAGGGAUCAAAGGAGAGAAAGGGAUUGUGGGAUUUCCUGGUUCGAGGGGAUUUUCUGGUAGCCCUGGUCUGCUCGGAGAGACGGGAUUCAAGGGGAUUGGAGGAAGUCCAGGUCUCCCAGGUCUGAUUGGACGAGAAGGUCCUAAGGGCAUGAUGGGAGAUCCAGGUCCUAAAGGCCUCCCUCAGGACGUAGACGUCAUACACACAGGUGACGUCGGAGACCCCGGGGCCCCCGGGCUGAGGGGCCCUCCGGGAGACAUGGGGCUGAUGGGAAUGCACGGCCCCCCCGGAGCCCCCGGCAGAUCAGCACCUGGUCCAGCAGGUGUUGUGGGUCAGAGGGGAGUUCCAGGAUCCAGAGGGGACGGAGGAGAUCCAGGUCAGGUGUAUACUGGCGGACCCACACCUGGAGAACCUGGAAAACCAGGUCGUCCUGGACCCAGAGGACUGAAAGGAGAACAGGGGAGUCCAGGUACUUACUGUCUUCCCGGGGCCCCAGGAGAGUCUGGAGAUCCAGGUGAUCAGGGGCCCCCGGGGGCCCAGGGCUUCCUAGGGUUUAAAGGUCGUUCUGGCGACUGUUCUUGUGGCCCCCCGAUUAUACUGAGGGGCCCCCCCGGCCGUGUGGGUGACCAGGGGUCUCUGGGAUUUCCGGGAGCCCCGGGGGCCCUGGGGGAGAGAGGAGAGAAAGGUUUACCUGGAGACAAAGGAGUGCGUGGACAACAGGGUCUGGGUGGAUUUCCAGGUGUCAAAGGGUUCAAAGGUCAGAAGGGAGAUUUCACUGUGGUGGAUUAUAAAGGUGACAAAGGAACCCGGGGCCAGCAAGGCCCUGCAGGCAGACAAGGAUUCUCAGGGAGAAGAGGACUCGACGGGCCCCCGGGGGCCUCUGGAAACCCCGGCCCCCAGGGUGAAAGUUUCCCCAGUUCUCCUGGAGAAAGAGGCCUCCCUGGACUCUCAGGGCCAAAGGGAUUAUCAGGACCUUCAGGCCCCCCGGGGCGAGGUGUGGUCGGAGCAGUAGGACAGCGCGGGCAGCCUGGGGACCCGGGACCUUCAGGAUUCCCUGGUCCCCCUGGGCCGAAGGGGGUUACAGGUGACACUCUACCCUGUGCACCCAGAAACCCCGGCGCCCCCGGAGAAAAGGGAGACCCUGGAAAUGCAGGUUACCAAGGACUCCCGGGUCCUCCAGGUUUUCGUGGCAUAACCGGACCUGAUGGAGCUAAAGGGGACAAAGGACAGCCUGGACUUCCUGGACCAAAUGGACGACAAGGACCUCCAGGUAUUGUUGGCGACACCGGAGAAGAAGGACCUGAAGGCUUCAGUUAUGGUGGAGAUCCAGGCUCUCCGGGGCUCCCAGGCUCUCCUGGACUCAGGGGCCCAGCAGGAGAUUCUGUCGUCGGGCCCUCAGGACCCAUCGGCUUCCCAGGGCGACCAGGCUCUCAGGGACCUAAAGGAGUCCCGGGCCCCCCUGGCAACAACGGACUAGAAGGACUCCUGGGUCUGGCUGGGGACCCUGGAUCAACGGGCCAGAGAGGACAGGAUGGGGCCCCAGGUAUAACCGGCCCCCAGGGGCCCACUGCUGGCCUCUGUGAUGCAGGGAAACCCGGUUCCAGGGGCUUCUUUGGUCCUCAGGGACCCAUAGGACCCCCAGGUUUUCCGGGGGAGAAAGGUGAGAUCGGUGAGGCGGGUCCUCCAGGUUUUGGCCCUCAAGGUCCUAAAGGGAAACCGGGCUCUCCAGGAUUCCCGGGGUACCCGGGGCCCCAGGGUCCCUCUGGCCCCAGUGGAGAUCCCGGACUGCAGGGGCCCGACGGGCAGAAAGGUCUGACGGGGCCCCGGGGCCCGGACGGAGGGCCGGGGGCCCCUGGACAGACCGGGGCCCUCGGACACCCGGGGAGGACGGGGGAAAGAGGGUUCAAUGGACGAGACGGAGGUCUAGGAUGUGAGGGCCAGAAAGGGGAGAAAGGCUGUAAAGGGGCCCUGGGGCCUCAAGGAGAGACCAAAGGUGUCCCCAUCAGAGGACAGACAGGAACAGAAGGACCCGCCGGCAUCGACGGCUUCCCUGGACCACGAGGAAAUAAAGGUGAGCAAGGAGCUACCGGUAAGCCGGGGUAUCCGGGCAUCAACGGACCCCUAGGCUUCGUAGGACUCCCAGGACCCCCCGGGGCCUACGGCCAACCAGGACCUCCGGGACCAACUGGACGUACAGGACCACCAGGAUUCAUCGGCUUCCCCGGAGAGACCGGAGAUCCGGGUGACCUGGGAUGUCCGGGAACAGCUGGAGAACCCGGUCGUCAAGGAUGUACUGGAUCCAAAGGUGAUAAAGGAGACUCCGUUGGUUUUCCUGGUCCACCCGGAGACAAGGGGCCUCCUGGAGACUUCGGGCUAUCAGGACCUCCUGGACCCCGAGGAGAUCCUGGAGGACCCGGUUUCAUCGGGAGUCCAGGACAGAGAGGAUGCAAGGGGGAUCCAGGCCCUCGGGGGGAACUGGGCCCACAAGGUGUGGUCGGUCCCUCAGGUCCCAGAGGUCGCUCGGGUCUUCCGGGUCUUCCCGGUACAGCGGGUGCUGAUGGUCCUGCAGGACCGCAGGGCUGCUCCGGACUCCAAGGUCCUCCUGGACCUCUCGGACUUCAUGGACUGGACGGACUGAAAGGAGUGAAGGGGGACAUGGGGACCAGAGGACUGGGUGUGCCCGGUGCUACGGGUUCUAAAGGUCUUCCAGGGGAUAAAGGUCCUCCAGGUCCUCCAGGACCAUAUGGUUCAUCCCAGCCUGGCCCACCAGGACCCACAGGCCCCCCCGGACCCGAAGGACCACCAGGGGGUUUGGGACCUCCCGGUAAAUCUGGACCUGACUGUAAAGAUCCAAUCCCAGGGCCUCGUGGAGAUCCUGGUUGUACUGGAACAGAUGGAGAGCCAGGGUGUGCUGGUGACAUGGGGGAUCCAGGUCAGAACCCUCCGGUGCCUGGAGAUGAUGGGGACAAUGGGGACACAGGGUGCCAGGGGCCAGGGGGCCCACAGGGAUCUCCGGGGCCCGAUGGACUGCCAGGCAUCCCUGGAAAUCCAGGAGAGAAAGGUAUGAGGGGGUCUUCAGGACUGAUGGGACUACCUGGUAGUCGGGGUGCUAAUGGUUGUACCGGUUCCAGUGGGCCUCCGGGACCAAAGGGAUUGGCCGGAUCAGUGGGUCCAAAGGGGGAGAAGGGACGAGUCUCCCCCUGCCCCACUUAUCCUCCCACGACUCUGGGCCCCCCAGGACCCCCGGGCCUCCCCGGUCAGGCUGGAGAUGUCGGCGUCCAGGGAGAAAUCGGCCGGAGGGGACCCAAAGGUAGGAAGGGGGACAUCGGUUCUGAAGGUCUGACCGGCCCUGAGGGUCCCCCAGGUCCAGAUGGAGACGGAGGAGAGCCAGGCCUGCUGGGGGAGAGUGGAGUAGUGGGAGCCAUAGGUGAUCCUGGUCCAAUCGGUGACCGCGGUACUCCCGGACCAACCAAAAACUGGAACUCGGGCUUCCUGUUGGUGUUGCACAGCCAAUCAAAGAUGGUUCCUUCCUGUCCAGUAAACAUGAGGGUCUUGUGGGUCGGAUACAGUCUGCUGUACCUGGAGGGCCAGGAGAAGGCUCACACUCAGGACCUGGGUCAGGCGGGGUCGUGUAUGCGGGUCUUCUCCACCAUGCCGUUCUCCUCCUGUAACAUGGGAACCUGCUCUUACGCAAGCCGUAACGAUAAAUCCUAUUGGCUGUCGACGACGGCGGCCGUCCCCAGCGUACCGGUGGGCGGAGCCUCCAUCGAAGAUCACAUCAGCCGCUGUGUGGUGUGUGAAGCCCCCUCCUCACCCGUCGCCCUGCACAGCCAGACCUCCAACCAGCCGGACUGCCCCCCCAGCUGGAGGAGCCUGUGGACCGGAUACUCCUUCCUCAUGCAUACGGGCGCCGGCGACGAGGGCGGCGGCCAGUCACUGACAUCAUCAGGUAGCUGUCUGACGGACUUCAGGGCCCAGCCCUUCGUGGAGUGUCAGGGGCCUCGAGGAACCUGCCACUACUUCGCCAACAUCUACAGCUUCUGGCUGACCAGAGUGGAGACGACCUCCUCCAGCUCCUCCUCCAGCUCCUCCAACAGCUCCUCCACCACGCUGACGGAGGGCUGGCAGCAGAGGGAGAGCAUCGGGAGGUGCAACGUCUGCAUGAGGGAGUGAGGAGGAGGAGCGCCACCACCUCCUCCUCCUCCUCUUCCUCCUGCAGAGUCUGAGAGGACGUUUGUCUCUGUGAGGAGAGACUGUCAUGUUAAAGAUAACGUUUCCAAUCAAUCAAUUAAUCAAUCAAUCAAUCAUCAGGAGUGACUCAGAGCAGACAGACUGGUCAGGGCAGCGCAGGCCCUCUUGAUACUGAAAGAAUUAUUAUUAUUAUUAAAAUGAAUCGCCUUAAGGUGCUCAGAAAGUUGUUGAACCAACUGUAAAAUGUGUUAUUUUAAGGGUCUCGGGCUUCGGUGCCCCCCCCCCUACAAAGUCGGAAAAAUUGAGCCCUUCGUUCAGGUUUCACCAACAUGUAUGAAAUUUGGCAGACAGAUGUAACAUGUGGAGA